AUGUUCAAGUUUGGAGUGCAAAGAGCUCAGCUUAGUGGUUCAUUAAAACCAAAUAUUACGUUCAAUGUUGUUAGAUUUCAAUGUCAAGCCGUCAAGCUUUCGUAUGAUCUCUUAACUCCGGUCAAGAACAACAGUGGGAAUUUAAAGAAAAAUCCUUUGGUCAUAAUGCAUGGGUUGCUAGGGAACAAAAUGAAUAAUAGAACAUUAGGUCGUCUUCUGAGAGAUAAAUUGGAUAAGCCUGUCUAUCUUGUAGAUUUAAGAAAUCAUGGUGCCUCGCCUCAUAUUUCACCCCACAAUUAUGAUAGCAUGUCUGGAGAUAUUUUAAAAUUUAUUAAGGAACAUGAAUUGGAAGACCCAAUACUUAUAGGGCAUUCAAUGGGUGCUAAGGUUGGUAUGGAAUGUGUUCUUAAAGAUAAAGAAAGUGCUUCAAUUUUAGUAUGCUUGGAUAAUGCUCCGAUCUUUACUGCUCCAAAUGGGAAAUACGUACAAUAUAUCACUAAAUUACAACAGAUAUGUGCUACUGACAACAUACAUACGUUAAAUGAGGCAGAUAAACUAUUAAGUACAAUUGAAUCGAAUAAAUUUAUUAGAGGAUUCUUAUUGACGGUAUUAAAGAGGACAAAAAAUGAUCAAGGGCAAUGGCAAUUUAUUUCUAGAAUGCCUUUAGAUAUUAUUAAGGAUGCGGUUAUAAAAGGUAACAUAUCAGGUUGGUCCUUUGAUUCUCACGAUCACAGGUGGUGUAAACCUACUCUAUUUAUUAGAGGUACCGAAUCAAUAUACAUUGCCGAUGAAUAUAUUCCAGUAAUCGGAUUGUUUUUUCCUUGUUUCGAAAUUAGAGACAUCAAAGCAGGGCAUUAUUUAAAUGCAACGAAUCCCGAAGAGUGUGCAGAUUUGAUUGCUGAAUUUGUUAACAAGAAUGUGGAGUAG